AUGCAUGCAGGAACUGAGGGGCGUAUUCUAACCAUUGUAGAAGAUGGAACAAAGCCACGGUGGCUGGACAAGUACCCAGCAGCGGCUCAAGUUCACGAGCACCAUGUCGGCCGUUCCGAGGUCUCCAAGAUGUCGCGCCUUAAACAGAACCCCAGUCCUGGAGACAGUAGCCACCGCGACCCCUAUGCCUUGACCUAUUCACUCUAUACUGAGGCACCACACCAACUGGGUGGUGGCCAGUUAAUGAAAGGUGUCAGAAGUUUUGAAACCUAUCCGCCGGAGGCACCCUACAUUGCUCCACAGUCUGUGGUGGCUUCGCGUCCACUACCACCAACGCCGGUAUUGCAGAACAAUGGUGGGAUGUAUGAGGAGAAUGGACGUGGUAUUUCAGCGGUGCUAGGUGGGGAAGUGGAUCCAGCCUUGAAUUGCGUCGUACUCACCAACCCCCUAGCCGACGAGAAUGCGCGCCAGAAGAGUUCCACAUGGAACCAAAGCAUCGUUAACAACUUUACCCUCCCUAUCUCUAACUCUAAUUGGCUUCAACCGCACUCCAGUUACCACACCUCCCAAUUCCAGAACGGUGGUAUAGUCCUCCUGGACUCCUUUAACUCGGAACACUCACUACUCUCGAACUUACAAUUCCAAGAACGACCCGCCUUUGCCUCUCUCGACCCCUAUGCUAGUCUGCCACCGACGGGGAGUAGGUCUGGAGCCUCGUCAGGGUCUACAGCCUCACCAUCUGUCGCCUUCUCGGUGCCGAACUUCGGCAGUUGCUGCACGGAGCCCACGCAGGGAAAUUUCGACUCAAGUGUCCUGAAACCGGCCACCUCGGAAUGGAUCCCAAAGCCGGAAUCGGAGGCGAGGGGCGUGUAUCUGCAGGACUUCUCACCUUUUAAAAAUAAGGUGUUGAGUUCCGGGACAACCAAUCUGCGGCAACCUUUGCUAUCCUCUGUGGAAGGUGAUCAGUGGUUCAACCGCCUGACGAAGGCUUGGAGGACCGCGUGGCGAGACGGAGUGUUUCCAAACCCUUCUCAAGUGCGCCUUCCUUUGGAUCUGACCGAGAGCACAGAGGAUUGGCGCCUGACACUUGCAAACCUCUGGAGCGACCUCCUUCUCCGUCGUGUUGCUGAUUUCGCUUCUGGUCUAUUUCACACUCUCCACCCCAAAUCCUCCACUGAUUUCCGUCUCUCUUCUGCUCUCCUUGGAUGGAUAUUUAAAAAUCGCCUGGUAAACUGCGUUCCGAUAAUUUUGGCCAAUGCUCUUCUCCAAUCCUCGGAGCUGAAUGCGACAUCUUCAUCGCCAGCUCCACAGUCGCAGAAUCAGCAGAACGAGUUAGACGACGGUGGAUCGUCGCCUCGUUCACCGAGGGACUGUGAGGCUUCGUCAGGCGGAACUUCCUAUGCUUCGCCCCGUGUCAACGGUGGAGGAAGAGCUGCAACACCAACAUGGUCAGUGAGCUUUCAGGUAGCACCGCAACAUCGUGUCUUCAUCAACCUCUCACAGUUGAAUGCCAAGUUGGCGGAAAACCACACCACUGCCUCCUAUCCCAUGCUCCAGUACUUAGACGCCUAUGUCUGCGAACUAAAUAAAUUCCUGACCGGACAGACUCUCCUUCUCGGUGCGUAUAUGGCUAUCAAACUCACCGAACCACCUACUCCAGGAGAGCUCAUCCAGAAUCCCCCUUCGGAUGCAGACGUGCAACUGAUAAACAGCCUCAACGUGAAGUUUCUCCACCUCUUCGGAAUGGCCGCAGACCACGUGGCAUCCUCGAUAGUGAAUGGGGAGCUUUGCGACUCCCUCCAGACCCAAGCUAAGGCUAUGAACGACGCCAUUUGUCGGCGUACAAAACUGCCCGAUUUUCUUAGCUGGAGUCGACAGUUUGAUGAGAACAUAAAGUCUCUGCUCUACGAUGUCUGGAACAUCAGUCGACACCAGCCACAGGCCUUUAUAUCACCCGGUCUGGCUGCACUUUGUAGUGACUCAAAUCCGUCACCGCUGAAGCUCCUUCACCUCCUCUCUGGACCCACUUCCGAUGAAGCCCUCGAUGUCGCGCCUCAACCAAAAGUUAGGGACCAAAUGGGUUUGGAAUGGGCAGGUGUUGAUGUGUUGAUGCGCAACAAGUUGCCCAUGUACUCGCCAGGCAUUAUAACCCGAAAGUUGAGGAACUAUAUUUGGAUGAAGAUAGCAUCAAACAACAUCGCAUCCAAUGGUUGGCGAGGCGGCGCCCCCAAUAAACCUGCUAAGGCGUAG